GACCUCUGCAGCGUGAGCUUGUGAAGGAGCAGCCAGCGCUGGUUUGCCAUUAAACUCCAUCUACAAUGAUCAAAAACACAGUGUAGUGCUUUCAGGAAACAAAGAAAGGUGAACAGAAAAAUGGCUGACAUAGACGUAACAUCUGUUUAAACUCUUUUUAGGCUGCGGGAGUGGACUGGCCUCUUCUGCCAUGGUUGUGCUUGUGCACCUGCUGGCCUGUGCCUUUGGCCUGGGCUCUUGGGUGGCGGUGAACGGUCUGUGGGUGGAACUCCCUCUCAUCGUUAACUCUCUCCCUGAAGGCUGGGAGCUCCCUUCCUACCUCACUGUCAUCAUCCAGCUGGCCAACCUGGGUCCACUCUUGGUCACCGUCAUGCACAAGCUGAGCCCAGGCCGUCUCAAUGAACGUGCCGUCAUUUACUCCGUCCUCUCCAUCGGCAUCCUGUCCUGCGUCCUGCUCAUCUUCUUCUGGAAUGAGACUACGAUGGUGGCCGGGGCGCCACAUAGCACAGCCUUUUUCAUCCUUACCUUCUUUCUUUCUCUAGUGGACUGCACAUCUUCAGUUUCUUUUCUCCCUUUCAUGAUGCAGCUUCCUAAAAUAUAUGUCACCACAUAUUUUAUUGGAGAAGGACUGAGUGGUUUAAUUCCGGGUGUGGUCGCUUUGGCUCAAGGUGUCGGCAUUGCUAAAUGUGUCAACUCCUCUCAGGCUUUGGGAAACCACUCGGACCAGGACUUGUGGUUGCUACAGACAGAGUAUCUUCCUCCAAACUUCUCCACAGAGGUAUUCUUCUGCUUCCUAGCAGCCAUGAUGUGUAUAAGUUUGGCUGCUUUCAUUGCACUGAACAAGCUUCCUGGGAGGUUUGAACUGUCCACAGAAAAGCUCGUCCCUGAUCCAGUACCCUCAAUCAGUUCUGGGUUGGAGAACCCCGAGGCUCAGGUUGAUAGAGGGAAUGAGAAAAGCCAGGAGGGAGGUCCAAGCUCAAAACACUCCAUUUACCAGCUGGCCUACAUCUACUUUCUGGUGUUGUGGGUUAACGCUGCGACCAACGGCCUGCUGCCCUCUGUGCAGACGUACUCCUGCAUGCCCUACGGUAACCUGGCCUAUCACCUCUCUGCAGCUCUGGCAUCUGUGGCUAACCCUGUGGCCUGCACAAUAGCAAUGUUCUUCCCAAACAGGUCUCUGACCUUUCUGGGUGUGCUGACUGCGCUGGGGUCAGGCUUUGGCAGCUACAACAUGGCCAUGGCAGCCAUGAGUCCCUGUCCUUUGCUCCGUGGUUCUGCAGCAGGAGAGGCAAUCAUUGUUCUCUCAUGGCUCCUGUUUACUGGGACACUGUCAUACGUGAAAGUGAUGGUGGGAGUGAUCCUGAGAGACCGGAGCCACAGCGCUUUGGUCUGGUGUGGAGCUGCUGCCCAGAUGGGCUCGCUGCUCGGCUCUGUCACCAUGUUUCCUCUGAUUAACCUGCAGCGGCUCUUUAGCUCGGGAGACUCGUGCAGCGUGCAGUGUCCUUCAUGAUGGUGAGGGAUGACUCAGCUUCUGCAUCACAGCUCAGCUCAACCUCUAUGAAACUGAUUCAGCCAUGUUUGGUGUUUGCUGGGAUUAAUGAGCUGCAGCAGCCAUCUUGAAUGAAGCUGACUCGUAUAUUCGACGAAGACUUCUUCAGAGUUACACUAAACGAAGGGUUCAUGACAGAUUUUGCCAGCAAACAAACACACAGAUAUGAUAAACUUCCCUAAAUUCUUUACAUAAUUAAAUGGAAAUAAACAGCAAUUUAUUAAUACUGUUGUUGUUAUGUUAGUGUAAGUAAACUUCAUUGUUUGAUUAUUAACAAAAAUUUACUUAAUGUUAUUCUUUUUAGGAACAAAUAAAAAAUGAUAACAAAGUCAUAAAAAAGGCUUUAUUAAAACAACUAAUGCUGACUAGAAUUAAAUUGUAGAAAAACAGAAGUGGGUCUUUAAAAAAAUGUUCCCAUGUUGAAAGUCUUGAUCAUUUUAUUGUGACAUGGAUGAAAACUGUUAUUCUUAUAUAUUACUAUUGUCUGUUUUUUUAGUAUUUUUAAAUAAAUUAUGAUCAUUUAUUA